AUGAUAAUAAGCUUCUUUGACCAAUUUGCAAGCCCAACAUAUCUAGGGAUUCCACUAAUUGCCAUCGCAAUCGCACUACCCUGAGUACUUUAUCCGACCCCCUCAUCUCGAUGAGUUAACAAUCGACUCACCACAAUCCAAGGAUGAUUUAUUAAUCGAUUUACUAAUCAACUAAUACUACCACUAAACAUAGGAGGACAUAAAUGAGCAUUAUUGUUAGCCUCAUUAAUAAUUUUCUUAAUCACAAUUAAUAUGCUUGGCCUAUUACCCUAUACCUUCACACCCACAACACAACUAUCCUUUAAUAUAGGAUUUGCCGUGCCACUAUGACUUGCCACAGUAAUUAUUGGAAUACGAAACCAACCAACAGUCGCUUUAGGACACUUAUUACCAGAAGGAACACCCAUCUUACUAAUCCCUGUAUUAAUUAUUAUCGAAACAAUUAGCUUAUUUAUCCGACCAUUGGCCCUGGGGGUCCGACUUACAGCCAACCUAACCGCAGGCCACCUCCUAAUUCAACUUAUCGCCACAGCUGUAUUUGUCCUUCUACCAAUAAUACCAACAGUAGCAAUUCUAACCGCUACUGUACUCUUUCUGCUUACACUAUUAGAAAUUGCAGUAGCAAUAAUCCAAGCUUAUGUAUUUGUACUUCUUUUAAGCCUAUAUUUACAAGAAAACGUUUAA